GGAAAGACAGGAAGCAGGAAGUGGUGGUGAACGCGUCAGUCAUGAGACCGCCGCUUUUACUCCGGUCCCCGGGCAUCGUCUUCCGGCUACUCUUGGGGUCGUUUCCCGAUUUUGGACACAGACUCCUCUCUCGUGCAGCUUAUUUGCCGCAUUUGUCCACGUUGAGAAAAACGAUGCACUAUCAAACCGAGGAGAGAGGAAGCCCAAACAGCACAGAUUACCGGAUUUAUUUUAAAAAUUCGGAUGGCAACUACAUUUCUCCUUUCCAUGAUAUCCCACUCAUAGCUGAUCCAGAACAGUACAAUGGUUUGCCAGCCAAAAAGGCCAAGAGGAACGAGAGUGAAGUGCUCUUUAACAUGGUCGUGGAGGUGCCCCGCUGGUCAAACGCUAAGAUGGAGAUUGCGACAAAGGAACCACUGAACCCUAUUAAGCAAGAUGUAAAGAAAGGCAAGCUCCGAUACGUUGCCAACAUAUUUCCAUAUAAAGGUUAUAUUUGGAACUACGGCGCCAUCCCGCAGACGUGGGAGAACCCGAACCACAUGGACUCAGAAACAAAAUGCUGUGGUGAUAAUGAUCCAAUUGAUAUUUGCGACAUCGGCAUGCAGGUGUGCUCUCCUGGUCAGGUGAUUCAAGUGAAGGUGCUGGGAAUCCUGGCAAUGAUUGAUGAGGGAGAAAUGGACUGGAAGGUCAUUGCUAUCAAUGCAGAGGACCCCGAUGCCAAAAGCCUUAACGACAUAGAUGACAUCCGCAAGAGCCGGCCCGGUCAUUUAGAGGCCACCGUGGACUGGUUCAGGAAGUAUAAGGUUCCGGAUGGGAAACCUGAGAACCAGUUUGGAUUCAACGCUCAGUUUCAAGAUAAGGACUUUGCCGUGGAGAUCAUCAAAUCCACACAUGAGCACUGGAGGGCACUAGUGCAAAAACAGACAAACAGUGGUGGGAUUGAAUGCAAAAAUGUGUCCUGUUCUGACAGUCCCUUCAAAUGCAACGCAAAAGAGGCAACAGAUGUGAUUCAGUCGGCCCCCACUCUUGGUUGCGGACACCGUAUUUCGUCAGAGGUGGACAAGUGGCACUUUGUCUGAGUGACUGGGAUACCCGAAAAGACAUCUUGGAUGCAAACAAUCAUUGCUAUCAACGGCACUCAACUUGUUGUGAGCGGUGAAUGGUCAUGUCUGGUAAGGAUCUAUUGUCAUCUCUCGAAAUAAAAUGGCCGGGGGUUUGCUGUCGAUUACAGCUUAGCAUAACAGUGUACAUUUUUGUACAUCAUAAACUAGCACAUUGUUGUUUUUGUUAUCCAUGUGGACUCAUGCUCUGUGUCCAAUCCAGAGAUGAAAUAUGUUUCGACUGCCAUGACAUUUCUUUUUAUUGUCAUCAUCCCAUUUUUAAUCAUCGGUCUGUUUUCCCUUGCGGUAAAUUGUCACAUACAUCACUGUAAAUUCUUGUUUUUGAUGCUUUCUUGACACAUCAAAGGCAGAAAACGGAUCACAUGUGUGACUUAAUCCAUCGAUUGAUGUGAAGACAUGUUUGCCUUGUCGGCCAUUAAAGGAGGAGCAUACACACAAACAUUUGAAACUAGGUGUGUAUUUAUAAUGGUAAAACUGAUCAUUUUAUACAAGUCAAAUAUCUUUAAAUAAAUAUAAAUUUAUUGGAGGGAAAGGGGGAAAAAACCACCCACACCUUGGCAAUAUCAGCAAUGAUAUAAUAACAGCUUUGAAAUAAACUGCAUCAGUACAUUACAAUACUUACAGCUGAAUACCUAUACUUAAUCCAAAUUUUGGAGCAUACCAAGCUUCUGGAGAACAAGGGAAGCCUUAAGAAAUCAAACAGGAAAGAAGUGACUUUUAGUGUCCGCCUGCAAAAACAAAAAAGUAUGAAGUACUCGUUGUUUGAGCCAAGUACAUGCAGUACUCUUGUUAUACCCAUAAAGUCAUUCAAGUAAUUCUGACUCAUAGCUUCAAGUAUGGCGCUGCUUUUUCUUUUAUUCAUUUUUUCUCUUUUUUUUCCCCACUUGCGAAAUCUCUUUAAUCUUCUCACCACAACCUGCUACUGUCGCUGGGCUCUGUACAAUGAACACAUACAUCGCUGUGAAUUUUACAACAUCCAAAAUAUAAAUUCCAAUGUUUGUCGGGCUAACAGUAAACAUUGUGUUGACAAGAGUGUAUUCUUGACAGACUUUCCUGGAAAAUGUUUUCUUUUGAGUUUUGAUCAUUUGUUGGGUCAGUUUGCCAUGUUGAGAACCUUUGUCGAGUUCAAGAGUUGAAAAUGUAAUUUUGGAUUCUCACUGUACAAUGUGACACACUCAUUUACACCCUGUUUUAAAUAAAACACGUUGUACUUUAUUACAUAUACAUAAUUGUUUUUUUCCUGAAAAUCUUUUCGAAGUGCUUUCAGAAAACGAAUUUGUUAUAAGAUUGGGUUAAAAUUGUUACUAUAACGUUACAGUCAUUCCAUUAUAUAUCACAUGAAUUAAAAAAUAAAGAGGAAAAUCAUACAAUUGCUUAGUGGUUAUAAAUAAAUUGAACUAUACACAGGCAAAAAGAUGAUACUCGCUGCCCUGUAGCAAAAGCAAAUGAAUUGCCCGUAAUUUAUUAGAUAUCAUACUUUCCCUUUCGUCACAUCAGUGCAUAUACGUUGUGUUCAUUUGAGGAAAAAAAUAAUCACCAUCCUACUAGCUAAAACUUAAAAAAUAAAAUAAAAUAAAAAAACAUCCAGGAACCUUUUUUUCCUCGAAAAAUCCGUGUGACGUAUUUUAGAAAAGUUGAACCGGGACACAAAAUUCAAUGGCACGUCCCUGAAUGAGGAAAAAGACAAAAACAAAUGCAGGCAAUAAUGUACAGUUUCUUUUUUAAAUGUCCCUGAUUUUACAGUAACAUUAGUAAUUCAAAUGUUCUAGCAGGUAGGUAAGACAGUAAAAAAUGAACUUUUUCCACCUUUUAGGUGGCAUGCAGUUUAACUGUAACCC